UUUUUUUUCAAAAAGAGAAGUAUUUCGAUGUCUUUCUAUACAAAAAUAUAAUUCAUUCUCACAUAAGGGAUACGUAUUUUCUUUACACAUGAAAAUUGGGGAGGCACACUAUGUAAAUGACCCUUGAGAGCACUGGCUAGAUAAUCUGGCCGGAGUUUCCCUAAUCCCACUUCACUGCACUUCACGCGAGUGGCAAUGCUAAGUAGUCAGCUAUUAAAGCAAUGUAAAAAACACUAUCAUUAUCAAUGAACGAAAACGUUUUAUUCACAACCCUAAGCUAAUUUAGUCUUCCAUAUAAUUUAUAAAUGCACUGUACUAAUUGUUACAUAAUUUUCCUAAUAAACCAGUACAGUGUGGUUAACCAAUUAGUAAACCUAUCACCGACAUGUCAGAACACGUUGAACUACAACAUUUAGUUGAUGGGGACGUCGAUAGUAAUGUGACAAUAAGACAGAAACGAUUUUCAGUGUUAAUGUGCAAAUCGUGCCCUUAUCUUGGCUUACUAUUGGCAACGUUAUCAUCAUUGUUUUUUUCAUUAUGUAGUGUCAUUGUGAAGGGUUUGGUGGAAGUAAAUCCAAUGGAAUUGGCAGCAUUUCGAUUUGUGGGUGUAUUGUUACCAGCAAUACCAAUUGUGAUAUAUAAAGGAGAACAUCCUUUUCCAAAGGGACGUAGACUAAUGCUAAUAUUAAGAAGUUUUGUAGGGACCACAGGCCUUAUGCUAAGUUUUUAUGCAUUCAGGCAUAUGCCACUAGCUGAUGCAUCUGUUGUAGUUUUUUCUGUUCCUGUAUUUGUAGCUAUAUUUGCAAGAAUCUUCUUAAAGGAGCCUUGCGGGAUAUUCAAUGUUAUUACAGUUUGUUUAACAUUGAUUGGUGUGAUUCUGAUAACGCGUCCACCACUUAUUUUUGGACAUACUAUAGAGUCUCUUUCCGAUGGACAUAUAAAAACAGAACAUGGAGAUUUAUGGGGUGCUGUAGCAGCUUUCUCUGCAACUUUAUUCGGUGCCAAUGUAUAUGUUUUAUUAAGAGCUUUGAAAGGCCUCCAUUUUUCAGUAAUAAUGACAAAUUUUGGAUCGUUUGCCUUAUUUCAGACAAUAAUUAUAUCUUGGGCUAUAGGUGCACUUUGCUUACCUCGCUGUGGAACUGACAGACUUUUAGUUGUAGCACUUGCUCUUUUUAGUUUUGGGGGUCAAAUAUUAUUAACGUUAGCUUUACAGAUGGAACAAGCAGGACCAGUUGCAAUAGCAAGGUCAGCAGACAUAGUCUUUGCCUUUUUCUGGCAAGUUAUAUUUUUUAAUGAAAUACCAAAUCGUUAUUCAGUUGGAGGAGCAAUUUUAGUCACAAGUUCAGUUUUAUUAACAGGACUAAGAAAGUGGGCUCUUUCAUUACCAGAAACAUCUAGUGUUAAAAAAUCUUUAGGUAUUUUGGUGAUGUAAAUUAUAUUUCACAAAGAAUAGACAAUUUAAAAAAUUGAUCAUACUCUAUCAUAACAUUAAAAUUGUGUUACUAUAAUUGAAUUCAUUGUAAACAAAUGAUUUACAUGAAGGUAGUCAUUUUGGCCUAUAGUAAUAAUUUCAUUCGUGAAAAAUAAACUUCCCUUAAUAUUUAAUAUAUUAAGUAAUAAUACUUCUAUCAUAGUUACAAAUGAACUUAAAUUACUUAAAUUAUUUGAAUUGCUUUAAAAUUACGAUACUAAACGCAUUAAUAUAAACAUAUUGCAGAUUCAUAUAAUGAAUAUUACUACUAAUUGUAGGACAAUAUAAAAAAAGAACAAAAUAGAUGUAUUUUUAGCUGCUCUUCAUUUCCUUCUUGGUUUAGUCAUUCUAAUUUAAUAUGUAUGAAACUAUUAUGAAGUAUAAAAUUAAAUGAUGUAAAAUAUCACUGGUUAUGUACAACUAACACUUAGCAGAAACAAAGUAAAUUUAAAUCUCUAUUACAAAAAUAAAUUUCACAUAAUAAUAAUAUCACUACAGAAAUAUUUAUUAAAUAAUAAAUCCAUUACUAUAUUAUUGCAAUAAAAUAGGGGAUUUAUACUUUUUAGUGUAAGGUACUCAAAUUCAUGAAAGGUACUUAUUCAUAAGAUUUCUGAACAAAUGUACAGUUACUUUUGUUAGAAUAGCUAUACCCUUGAAAUGUUCUGUUUUAUAUAAAUAUGUUUGAAAACAUAUUGUUUCUUUACAAAUUGUUAUAUUUAUACUGUUCCAAUGGUUUACUUAUUGUUACUAUAAAGUCUAGUCUAAAAAGUCUAGUCUCUGUAUUACAGAUACAGAGUUUUUAUUUAACUCCAUAUGUAAUUAUUUACAAAAUGUACAAAAUAACGAAACAUUAUUUAAUUUUCUUAUUAAUGUACAUAUUAAUAUCAUAAUUUAAUUAAAAUAAGAUGCUAAAAAUUGCACAAAUAUCAACGAAUUUUGUAAAUUUAUUAGCGUGUCCAUCUUAAAUUUUCAAUUACAAUAAUCGUCUAUGUUUUCGUUCUUAUAUAAAAUAUUAUGGACUGACAAGUGUUUCAUUAUUUUAUGCGAACUGUUUGUGAGCUUUAAAUAAAAUGUACUGAAGCAGUGUUACUUAAACUUAGAACAUUAUGAGAAAGUUUUUUCAACAACGAACAAAUAGUAUAAUGAUCAAGUAAAUUUUGAUUUAUAAGUGUACAUAUAAAUAUAGAUCAGACUUCACUUUAUGAGUUACUACUGUCUGUGGCGAAUAAUACAUACAUUGAAUUUUUUAUUAGAAUUACGUUAAUUCUUUUCAUCAUCAGAAUAAUGUAAUAGUAAGUGGUUUAAGAAACACUACCUCAACUUAAUAUAAAUUGUUUCUAAAAACAUUAACAGUAAAAUCAGUUAUGUACUUAUAGAUGCGAUUUUAAUGUGUGUACUUGUAAAACGUAUGUGUGUGUACUCUAAAAACAGGUCGUAAUUUGUUGGUAACCUUUGGUUGCAAUCAGUUGUUUGCAUGAAAUUAGUAUUGAUCGUUAACAGACAACAAAUCGAAAUGUAUUUUUUACACAAUAUUGCAUCAUGGAAACUGCCAUAUAAAAGAUGUAAAGUUACCAUGUAGCAAGAUGGACGUAACAUUAUAGUAAUAAUAGGAAAAUCUACAUGUCUUCUACCAAUUAUGAUUUUCAUUAAAUUAAAAAAUUAUAAUUAAAACAAUUAUAAUUACGCUCGCCUAAGAAAAACCUAAGAUUGUAAAAGUUUAUUCAAAUAACGAUUAUUGUAUUUAUUAAAAUGCACGUUUUCAUUACGAUAAUAGAAAAUAGUUAAUUCUAUCCCUAUAAAAAUCAAUUCUUUACAAGUAAUCUAAAAUCUUUUGUGUCGCGUAAUGCUUCUUUUUUCUUUUACAAAUGCAUCAUUGAAUUUUAUGACGUCACUUAAAAGCUAAUUACGAAACGUUUAAGAAUUACAUAACGAUCUGCCACACAGGUAUAUGAAUAUGUUAUACAUACAGCACACACACAUAUUUCGUUUAGCGGGAAGAUCUUUGUAAAUAAAACCACGUGAUUUACAACAGGACCGAAAUGACGAGGUGCUAUGCUACAGAUUAAAUAGAAGUUUUAUAAGUAGCUAUUUAUGUACGAUAAUAACAAUUCUGCAGUGAAAGAGUUUAUGAAACAAUGCACGAAGUUGUCAAAUUUUUUCAGGGAUAGUAAAUAAAGUAAUAUUAUAAAAAAA